ACCUCGCCGGCAACGCUUCAGAAGGCCAGCAAGGGCAUCUCCAAGAGCAUCGUGACGAAGAUCGGCUGCGCCCUCGACAAGUCGGAUCAUUGGCAUGAGCUAAUGGACAACGCGAUGUUGAUGGGUCAAUUCAUUCGCGACCACGGUGGCAAGAUCAGCCAGAUGGAGAAGGACCUCAGUCAGGUUCAGCGUGGACAUGAUGGCGCUACGGACGCCCUCGCAUGCAUGAUGGCGCAGCUGGGCAAGUGGUCGCAGAUUGCACCUUUCCCGACAUGCUUGGACGUCGUCUCUGGUGAGCUGGGCGUCGCCGCGAGAGGUCGCGUCAAGGUGGCGGAAGUGACCGCCUCAACCGAUGCCAUCGACAAUGUGCCAUUUGCGAAGGACUUAUCCGUUGAGGACGCAGUGAAAGGUGCGACGGCGGAGGGCGGCAUUUCCGUUUUGAAACUUUUGAUCGUGAAGUUGACGGCCUCCGUGGAGGGGGUCGGGGCUGUCAGCGAAGUCCCAGACGAGCUCAAGCAGAAGAUGUCGGGUUUCAAGCCGUUCCUGCUGGCCCUCCUCGAGGCUAAAAUUGGCGGCGACGGCUUUAACGAGGUGCAGGUCUGCGUCGAUGAGGUUUUCACUUCGAGAGCUCUUGAGCAGGUGGUCAAUUGGACCAAGGUCAACCAGCUGUAUCAAGCUUUGCACUCCGUGAUCCUCAAGCACGGGGCCUUCGUGCAGACGGGCGUUGACGGCAAUGUGGCCCACGCGUACGUCACCGACGUGCAGAUUUUGGUCCAGAAAGGCCACGAGUACCGGACCCAGAGUUUCACAGAUAAGAUCAAUGAGAGGUUGCGCAUCUUUGGUCCUACGUCCAAGGGCGGCGACGGCGACCUCCCACGGUGCGACGGGCAUGGCAAGCCCCCUCUGGAGGAGCUGAUGGAGAAGGCCGCGGAGCUGCCCCCCCUCAAGAAGAUGUCGGCCCACGUGGUUACCUACAAGCAGCUUGAGAAGGA